AUGUCUCAGCCCUUCGGCGCCUACACGUCGUCUAGCUUCGAUACCACGGACGGUUUACCAUUAGACGCGCUCCAAUACCUUCUCCCCGACGAUUCCAUAUCCCAGCGCGACAGCCAGAGCCAACUACUAUCCGAAAGCCAGCUUGAUUCAGUUCCAGACCUUCCAGACUAUCGAUCUUGCGUGGCUUAUCAGGCCCCAAGCACCCUACCGCGAAUCAAGCCCGAUCGUAUUAACGAAUUCAUUGUUUGCGCGCCAGAAAUGACCGCGGAAUUCGUUAAGUGGUGGCUUGAUACUGGCUAUGGCAAGUCGAAGCGGAUCAACUGGGAUGGGAACCUAACAAGCCGUCGAGCACAGUGCUGGAAAGGGUUCCAACAAGUUGCAAAUGCCAAAGAUGGCAAGCCAGGCGUUAUGUGUAAUAAGUGCUGCACAGUUCUCACGCAUCCAGCUACAAAUCAUACUGGAACUUCAUCGAUGCAGAAACAUCUCGAUGGGCCAAGGUGCCGAAAGCAGCUACCGAAGAAAGGUGCUAGUAGUAUCCGACAACUACUUAGUGACGCGGCCGGGAAAAGACCAGCGCCUACCUUUACACAACAAGUAUGGGAGCAGAUGCUUCUUGAUCUAAUCACUACAUCGAAUUUACCCUUUCUGUUUGUCGAGCAUCAAAAAUUCCGUGACCUCUUUUCCUUCGCACGGCUAGCACCCGAACCACCUAGCUUUCCGUCAAGAAAGGUGAUUCGCGAGCGCCUCCGGGGUUUCGUGCUACAGUAUCAACAGGAGACACUACAAACGCUUCCACCUGGUGCAAAGCUAUCACUCGCACUGGACUGUUGGACUUCACCAUUCCAGGACGCGUUCAUGGCUAUCACAGGAUACUUCCUAGACAAGGAAUGGGAGUAUCGCGAGGUCCUCCUUGGGUUUGAGCCACUUUCUGGAACUCAUUCUGGCGUAAAUCUUGGCAAAAUUGUUCUCCAGAUUCUACAGAAUCAUCAAAUCACUGAUCGUGUACUGGCGGUAACAACUGAUAAUGCGUCUAAUAACAAGACGCUUAUCACUGCGAUUAAUAAUUCAAUCCAUGAACUACAGCUAAAGACGGAUUCAACGAUUAUUCAAGUGCCCUGUCUUGCUCAUGUCAUCCAGUUAAGUCUGGUUGAAUUACUUGGUAAAAUAAAGGCCUCGCCAAAAAAUGACAACACUGAAUUGGAAUGGUCCGAGGAUCGUGUUAGAUCACUGCGUGCGCGCCAGCAGAAGCGAGAUAUCACCGAUACCCUGAACAAGGUUCGAGGCCUUGCGGUUUUCAUUAAUGGAAGUCCUCAACGCAAAGAAGCAUUUCUGAAACUUGAGUCCAAUGGGCAAAAACUUAUUCCAAUCCAAGAUGUUUGUACGCGGUGGAAUUCAACGUUUCUUAUGCUCCGCCGGGCUAAAAGGCUUUCUACCACCUUUGACGAGUACUGUUCGCUCUAUCACCAACCCUAUUUUGCAUUAAAUGCGGAGGGGUGGCGGCAGAUUGACUAUCUACUUCAUAUACUCCAGCCCUUUUUCACAUACAGCACACUAGUCUGCCAGACUAAUGACUCGAGUAUUCACCUUAUCUUUAGUAUUUACAACAGGCUCUUUGAUCAUCUCGAAAGAUCGAUGCAUCAGCUUCGUCGAAAGAGAGUUGCCUGGAAACAGCUUAUGCUUUCCUCCCUUGAGGCUGCAAAAGAUAAACUGUCAAAGUACUAUAGUAUGACGGACCUUGUUGAAGGUGAUCUCUAUGCUAUUGGAACGAUCCUAGAUCCGUCUAAUAAAAUGGAGUUCUUUUCAACAAGUGAUUGGGCCCCAGAUGACACAGGAAAAGACUACACAAAGGAAUAUCGUCAGAGCCUCCAGUCUCUUUUCGAGAAAUACCGCCUACGUACACCAUCAAAUAUAUCACUAUCGGAUGGUAUAUCGUUCCCAGCCAAAUCAGCGCUCGAAAGGAUUCUUAAGGACAAUUCCUUACAGCGAUCAACCAGUCCAUAUCAGGAUGAGCUUACCAAGUACCUCCAGAGUGCCACCGUCAAUGAAUCCGCUCAGGUCUUCUGGAGAAACCACGAGAGAGAGUUCCCUAUUCUUGCAAGCAUUACUCGUGAUGUGAUGUCCAUCCCAGCGACUGGUGCCGGUGUUGAGCGUCUUUUCAACUCUGCCCGGGACAUUUGCCACUAUCGCCGGGGGUCGUUGAGCCCAGAGACUAUCCGCGAUAUCAUGUUAUACAUGUGUACAACAAGGUUUGAUACCAAGGAGGAGCAGCGACAGGUUCUCCAAGAGUAUCUUUCAGAGCAAGAGAUCGCAGCUUCGUCCGAAGAACUUCAUAUUGGAACACAUUGUGCCGAGGCUAUCAGUGACACUGAGGAAGACAUGGAGAUGCACCUUCAUACCCCGGCCAUAGCACCACUCUCAGCCGUUGCCGCUGGAAAGCGGCCGGCUAUCAAUUCUGAAGACGAGGAAGACUCUGAUGCCGAUGACAUUACGGAUCCAGAAGAGACCUCAGCAUUACCAUUACCUGAUACGCAGCAGCGUGUAUCAGCGGUUUUUGAUGUCCCCCGCUCCACGCUCUCGGCGCGUCUUAAUGGCAUCACCUAUGGCGCCGAAACUCGCGCCAACAGCCAUAAAUUGACUGUUUUCGAGGAGGAAUCGCUUUAUAAUUGGAUCCUCUCACUCGACGAUCGUGGAGCUGCUCCUCGGCCUCGUACAGUACGAGAAGCAGCUGAUUUACUACUUAAAGCGCGCGGGUCAACUCCACCUAUUACUGUCGGCGAAAAAUGGGUCGAAAACUUCGUUAAACGGCACCCUGACCUCUCUACUCGAUUCUCGCGAUCGUACGACUACCGGCGGGCUCAAUGCGAGGAUGAAAAGGCGAUUUUAAUGUGGUUUAACUUCGUGAAAGCUACGAUCGAAAAGUACGGCAUUGUCGGCGACGAUAUCUACAAUUUCGACGAAACUGGCUUCGCCCUCGGCCUUACGGCUACUGCGAAGAUUAUUACAAGGAGAACGUACGGUCGGAGAGCCGUUUUGCAACCUGGAAACCGCGAAUGGGUGACCUCAAUUGAAGCUAUUAGUGCGGGAGGGUGGGUGCUUCCGCCAUGCGUCAUUUUCAAAGGCAAGGUCCUUAUGGAGGCAUGGUUCAAGGAUACCAACCUCCCAUUAGACUGGCGCUUCGAAUUGAGUAAUAAUGGAUGGACAACCGAUGAAAUAGGUCUUAACUGGCUCCAAAAGCUUUUUAUUCCAUCGACUACAAGCCGGACGAAGGGGAGGUAUCGUCUUCUUAUCCUCGACGGUCAUGGCAGCCAUCUUACGCCUCAAUUUGACUCGAUUUGCUCUCAAAACGAUAUUAUACCAAUCUGUAUGCCGUCGCAUUCCUCUCACCUCCUACAACCUCUCGAUAUCGGCUGUUUUGGGGUACUAAAACGGGCGUACGGGGAGCUAGUAGACUCGCAAAUGAAGCUUUGCAUUAGUCGUAUCGAUAAAUGCGACUUCCUUACAGCUUAUCCUCGGGCCCGGAGAGAGGCAUUUAAGCCGGAAACUAUUCUUAAUAGCUUCGCAGCUGCUGGCAUCGCUCCUUUUGAUCCGAAUCGCGUGAUUUCGAAGCUAAAUAUACGCCUUAUUACUCCUCCACCUCCUCCGAGUCGAGGAAGCGAUUCUAGCCGCAAUUUUACGCCGAAAACCCCGUAUACAGUGAAGGGCGUACGCCGGCAAGCUUCCUCUAUUAAGAAAAUGCUACAAGAGGACCCCUCGCGCGCCGAAAAAGCCUUUGAGCAGAUCGUGAAAGGCUGCCAUCUAGCUAUACAUGGCGCUACGAUUAUGCGCCAGGAAAACCGCGAAUUACGUGCCGCCAAUGCGAAAACAACCCAGAAAAGGAAGCCUCAGGUCGAGAUGGAGCUGUAUCGCCGACGCCGAAUCGGACCAAUAAGAGGAGACCACAACGAUGCAGCCUCUGUAAAAACCUAG